AUGGGUGAACAAGGAGUAGGUCUCAUAAUCAUACAGAAUGGCCCAUAUCUCCAGAUAACAAGCCUUUUUGAGAAAAGCUCUGUAGCUAAAGAUGGAAAGCUAAAACCAGGUGAUGUUCUAAUAAAAAUUGGACAUGCUAGUGUUUUAGGAUGGACUCUGCAAGAGUUUAGGCAACUCCUGCACAAUAUUCUUAUCACAACUACCCUACAAAUCAGAGUUUACAGAGAUUUUGUUGACGUACCUCAACACUGGCAAAGUGCAGUUGAAUUAAUUCCUGAAGCAAAGUUUCCUGUGACGACAGCAGACACAAGUGAAGGUGCUGAGGAUGAAGGUGACACCAAGUCCAGCAGCGAUGAUGAUGCAGACUUGGAAACUUUUCAAUACCAGGCACAGGCCAGGCGCUUAAGAGUAGGCACAGACACUGGUUGUGAUGCUGUACUUCAUAAUGAUGUUGAUGCAUUGUGCAAUUCCAAGUUUGAUGCUAGCGGUGUUAGACCUCCUUCAUACUGGCCUAUGGAAACCAAUGAGACCGGUUCCUCUUCCUUCUGCAUGUGA